AUGGCAGUUCUUCAUGAUACGUUUGAAGACACUACUAAAAUUACCAAGUGCGACGUGAAACAUUCGAGUGAACAUGAAUAUAUAAUAGCGUUCAAGAAUACAUUCGAUCGAAAAUUAUUUCCGAACGACUUCGAUAUCCGAGCUGUAGAAGAACAAUAUACCUGGAUAAACGAGAAUAUCACCCAAUUCUUUCCAAACGUACCGCAGUCUUUAUUGAAUAUGAUUCCAGCCUUCUAUCGUCAAAUAAAUUGCGAAUUGUCACCAGUCGAAAAGCCUACAUGGAUGGAUAUGGAUAAAUAUCACAGAGGGCAAAGAUUUGUACGCGAUCACUAUGCUUCCAUCGUCGUCAUUAAAAUAGUGGGCAUCAUUCAUCUAUGUACUUUUAAUGACUUUCUAAAACCGAUGAUUAUGUCUAAGCGCUCGGAGACACCGUAUUUAGGAUUUAAAAGGUAUCUGUCGACUAUACAACGAUUGCUCAACUGGUACGACGGAGAGCCUUGGGUUAAAGGAACACUUGCUUAUAAAGACAUGUUACAUGCACGUAAAAUACAUUUAUUAAUAAGGAAAAAAUUGUGCGGACUUGAUAACAAGCAAAUCGAUAAGGCUUCCAUAAUUGCGAAGCCAUGGUGUCCGGAUCGCGAAUUGUUUGUAAAAGAUUUUACCGCGGCGUGUCCAUUUGAGAAUUUUGGGCAACGUCCUUAUAUGUUAUUCAGUAAAACGCCAUACAGACCAAAAGAUAUAAACAAUGCGGACAUGGCAGUCGCGCAAUGCUGUCUCAUAAGUUCGCUUGUGCUAUGGCCGCAGAAUGUUGGAGUGCACGACGCGACCAAUGAAGAUCUAGAAGCUUUAUGUCAUAUGUGGAGAUGUUACGGAUAUUUUCUCGGAAUAGAGGAUGAGUACAACUUUUGUCGUGGCAGCCUGGAGGAAAUAAAACAGCGUGUGCGAGAUAUGUUUCAAUAUUGGAUAAUACCAAAUUUUAAAGAUAUUACACCUGAAUGGGAGCAUAUGACCAAAUGUUUUAUUGAACCGUUUAAUUAUUACCCUUUUGUAUACUUGCCUUAUAAAGUGGUAAUACUAAUGGCUGUGGAUUCAUUAAAUCUAAAUAUGCCGUAUAUAUAUACAUCGCUCAAUUAUUUAGAAUGGAUUGCUUACAAAAGCUUGACAUUUAUAUUGCGUCAUGCUUUAAAACAUUCAAGUUUACGAGCAAUUUUUAAUAAAAUCGUAUACAAAAUAAUAAACAAAGCGACAAACUUCAGCCCGGAAAAGCACGCAGAACUUCAGGAAAAAUCAAAGAAACAGUUAUCAAGUUUGUCUGCUAUGUGUUAA